GAAAGAGGACUGAUUGUAUAAUAUUGAAACAGGGAGAGACCAUCUCAAGUUGUCCAAUGAAAAAUGCUUGUUUUCUUUUCUGUUGCGAAACGUUUGCUAUGGCGUAUGUGUAGAGGACAUGAGUCGGUCAUGGUUGCUCAAGGUCACGUGAUGGGUAGCCCCUCCCUGUGAGUUCAAAAUCUAUUUCAGCCUUCAGGCCAAUGGGGGAUUUCCUCUUGGUCUAACGGCUCUUAUCCCCAACGUGUGAACGCCCGAUCUGUCGUGGGGCAGGAGAUCAAAGGGGGUGACUGUAGCGGACUUGAGUCGGUCAUGGUUGCUCAUGGUCACGUGAUCGGUAGCCCCACCUGCGACUUCAAAAUCAGUCGGUUCUAGUGCCAAUAGAGAAUUUCCUGUUGGUCUAAUGGUCAAGAUGUUGGUUUCUUCCGUGGUAGACCCAGGUUCAUAUGUUACAUGUGGACUAAUGCAGAGGUUUUCAAACAUCUCUUCGGCGACCCCCAGGUAUUCCACGUAUUUGAACUAUUCCUGGAACUAUUCCUGGGCUAGCACACCAACUUGAAAACAAAUGAUCAAGCCAAUGGUCAUGUUCCCCUGCUCAGACGUUAAAUGCAUCAACCAAUGGUUGUGUGCCACGUCAUCGACUGCCAUCGGACACCAGAUAGCUAUAACAACAUAUUAUGUAACAUAUAUGUAAAAUACCGAUCCAAGUGUUGUGGCAUACAUCAUCAACAUCUGAGCAGAGGACACGACCCUUGUUUAGGCGAUCAGAUGCAACCUGGAAGUCUAUCGAUAUAUGAAUUGGAACGGUUGGAAAAUAUCAGACAAAACCAAGUGUUCCUGUCCUCCAUAAAACUGCUUGAGGCCAAGCAGGAUUUGAAACCAGAAAAAACACAGCGAGGUCUCAAGAGACAGAACAAUAAGGUAGCCUGGACAGAGAUACUGCCUCCUCGCACCAAGUCCUUGAGAAUCCAGAAGAAGGAAGCAGAGCGACUCCCCCUGCCCCCGGAACCACACAGGAUUUAUUAUGAAGUCGAACGAAUUGAAUGUGCCAGGAAGCCAGAGGGUCCAAUUAGUAUGGAGCCAAUCAACAUGGAGGAGGAUAGUUCACUGCCACCUGAACUUCUCAAGCUGUGGACAGAGGAUUUAAUCAAAGAAGAAAAGGAGGAGUUGGGUCUGGGAGAGUACCGUAGUACUCUGAAGAGCAUGGAGCUGAGUGAGAUUGGAGGAGUAGCUAAGGUGGUGAAGAGUCGUAUCUUCUCUGUUGCCUUCCACCCGUGCAGCAGUCGUCUGCUCAUGGCUGCUGGGGACAAGUUGGGUGGAGUUGGGCUGUGGAACCUCGACUCUGAUAUGGGGGAUGAGGGCGUGCUGCUAUUUGAGCCACACGUCCGGCCGGUGGCCUGCAUGGCCUUCUCCAGGUCACAUCCUACAGACCUGUUGACCCUCAGCUACGACGGGACGCUACGGAGCACGGAUGUGGAGAAAGCUGUUUUUGAUGAGGUGUAUCGGAUCAAGGAUGGCUUGAGAACCUUUGACUUCCUGUCACAUGACUGUUCGACGCUGGUCACCGGGGACUGGUACGGAGACGUUGCCAUCGUUGACAGGCGGACUCCAGGAACCUCUCAUGAGUCCCUCCAUAGCCUGGAUACCAAGACGGUUCGCUGUGUUCACGUCCACCCUGUUCAGAAGCAGUACAUCAUGGUGGCUGAGAACAGUAUUGUGAGCAUUUACGAUGCUCGAUGUUUGAAGGCGUUGUCGAGAGAGCCAGUCUCCCAGCUCUAUGGUCACUCAAAGAGCAUCUCAAGUGCCUACUUCUCUCCUGGCACUGGCAACAGAGUAGUGACCACCUGCCUAGACAACAACAUCAGGAUUUAUGACACCUCGGAACUAACCUCCGGAGCUCCGCUACUGACCUCCAUCCAACAGAACUUGUACACAGGGCGCUGGCUGUCCAAGCUGCAGGCGAUGUGGGACCCCAAGAGGGACGACUGCUUCGUUGUGGGCAGCAUGCAGCGGCCUCGCAGAGUUCAGGUGUUCCAUGAGAGUGGGCAGCUCCAGCACUCCUUCCAGGACCCAGAGAUGACCACCGUGCUCUCAGUCACAGCCUUCCACCCCACCAGGAACGCUCUACUGGGGGGUAACGCCUCCGGGCGGCUGUACGUCUUCACCGACUGAGAGCAGGAUGCCUGUAUGUGUUCGCUGCCUGAGAGGAGAAACCUGGGCCAUUGUUCACAAAACAUCUCAGAGUAAGAGUCCUGAUCUAGGAUCAGGUACCCUCCCUAUUAUUCAUUAUGAUCUGGAAGGCUAAACUGAUUGUAGAUCAGCACUCCUACUCUAAAAUGUUUCAUGAUACGGGCCCAGAACACAUGCUUAGAAUAGACCAAAAUAAGUUGUUUUAUGUUUUUAUGCAAGCUGCCUUUGCUAUUGUUGUUUUCUAUCAAAUUAUUGAUGUUUUGUUUGUUUAAAUAAAGUUGUAUAUUUAGCCGAAGUUGUGCUUUUCAUGUAGUUUAGCUGUUUCAUUGGCUGUAUUGUACCCGCAGUGAAUUUUGUGUUGGUUUUAUUCUUUCAAUAAAAACUACCAGAAUUCAGUGGCUACAGCCCUACAAUCAUUAAAAUCAUGGCUAAAUACCAGUGUGUUGAAAAUGUGUCCCAUGUCAGGCAACUCACUCUUCUGUGCCUAGGCUAAUUAUUUUCUGCAGUUUUUCCUCAACACCAAAAAUAACAUUAUAGUGUAGGCCUACCUUAGAAGUAAGCUGUUAUUAGACUAGUAGGCUUAGUGAGAAGUGUUGUGUAUGUUAGGUUGUGGGGGAAAUUUCAGAAAUUGUUUUCAAAUUGAUAAAGCAAUCUUUGUUAAUAA